AUGACGGUUAGUGCGGUUCCUUUUGAGACGAAUUUCCUCGGGGAGCUGGCCUUAUUAUUUGUUAUUUGGGAAGAGGGUUUUGCCGAUAACCUCAGUGACAUUCUAAUCAAGGCGACGGUUGCUUUCCAUUGGAUGCACGGCCAGGUCUAUUUGGAGCUUUAUCGACAAAUAGCCCGUGCUUGUUUCUUGAGUCGAACCCUUGCGUGGCAGGAGUGCACGCUGACGCAGAACACGCAAAAGAAGGCUUGUCUGACGGUGAUUAUUGGCCUGGGUUGUGCUUCCUCGGGGUCCUCGGUUGGGACUUCCCACGUCUUCAACAAUGAUGCCUCAGCCAGUCAGUUUGCUGUCGCCGUCUUUGUUUUGGCCUUCUUCUUCAGUAUCGGCUCACUCGCCAGCGAUUACCUCUACGGCAGUGUCUCCAAUGUGAAACGACGUCGACACAUCCUGCUCAGCGAUGUUGGCGGCUGUGUGGUGUGA